GAAAAUAGCGAAUAUUUCUUCACACGUUCUAACAAGAAUCAUGGCUACACUCUGUCGUUAGCUCCCGUUGGGCACUUUGUCUCUAUUCUGACAGGGCUGACCUCACGAACUACAAAUACUAACCGGAAGUAGUUAAAACUCUUGUUUUCUGUGCUGAAGCAGAAAUGAGACUUCCUCUUCGCCCCUUUUGCAUCUUUAGGUGUUUAUUAACUCGAAGGCGACAAACAACAGACCUGCAGCGGCGAGGCCUGAUCGGUGCAGGGAUGCGCCUGGUGCAGUUUCAUCCCCAUGGUGACGGAGGAGCCAUCAGAGUGGGAGUGGAGCAAGGUGACGGAGGGCUCGGUGUGGUGGAUCUGAAGGCGUUUGACCCCUCCAUGCCCUCGACCAUGAGAGAGCUGCUGGAGCUGGGAGACAAGGGUCUGGAGUGUGCACAGAGAGCCCUGUCGUCCGGUCAGUGUGUGGUGCAGCGGUCAGACAUCCAGCUGCUGGCUCCUGUGUUGGCCCCGGAGAAGGUGGUGUGUGUGGGGAUGAACUACCGGGACCACUGCCUGGAGCAGAACGCCCCGAUCCCCAAAGAACCCAUCAUCUUCAGCAAAUUCCCCAGCGCCAUCACCGGGCCGUAUGACGACAUCGUUCUACCCUCAGAGAGCCAGGAGGUGGACUGGGAGGUGGAGCUGGCCUUUGUGAUUGGACGAAGAGGAAAAAACAUCAAGGAGGAAGACGCUCUCUCCUACGUGGCCGGAUUCACUGUGGCCAAUGAUGUCAGCGCGCGUGACUGGCAGAUGAAACGCAACGGGAAGCAGUGGUUGCUGGGAAAAACGUUUGACAGUUUCUGUCCUCUCGGCCCUGCCUUAGUGACUGCAGACGCUGUGAAAGAUCCUCACAGCCUGGGUGUCCGCUGCCUGGUUAAUGGAGACACAGUCCAGAGCAGCAGCACUGACCAGAUGAUCUUUAAGACAGAGGCGCUGGUCGCCUGGGUCUCUAAGUUUGUGACUUUGACUCCAGGAGAUGUUUUCCUGACAGGAACUCCUCCGGGAGUGGGUGUGUUCAGAAAGCCACCCGUCUUUCUCAAGAAAGGAGACGUGGUGGAGUGCCAGAUAGACCAAUUAGGCUCUAUUAUCAACAGAGUGGUCUAAACCCAGAGACCAACUGCUGAAAACAUCAACAAUCCUUUGCUUUGAAAUAAACUGCACUUCUGAUCGGCUGCUUCACACAAUGAAUAA